UGGAUAGGCGGGCGGAGGACAGCGUAGGAUGGAAGCGAGUGGAGGUGGGUUGGGCGGGGAUCUGCUGCCGCCACCCGCACAGCGCCAGCCAGCGUCACCACCUCGGCCUUACUCCUCCCCGGCCCGUCGCGCGAGUAGGAAGUCCUUGUCCGUUUACUCUCUGUUUUAGUGAUUCAUAUCCCCAGUUUCACCUCUGUUCCCUUUCCCCAGCCCACCUUACCUUCUGCUCCCACUCCACGUGUCUGCAGACUUGACAAACACUCACAAAGAAGCCCAGAUUUAAUCCCGGUUUUCUCUGUUUUAGUGAUCCAUAUCCCCAUUUUGACCUCUGUUCCCUUUCCCCAGCCCACCUUACCUUCUGCUCCCAUUCCAAGUGUCUGCAGACUUGACAAACACUCACAAAGCAGCCCAGAUUUAAUCCCAGCUUUCUCUAUGGCUUAGUAAUUCAUAUCCCCAGUUUCACCUCUGUUCUCUUUUUGCAACCCACCUUCCCUUCUGUUCCCAUUCACGUAUCUGCAGACUUCACAAACACUAAAAAAGAAGUCCAUUUUUUCCUCUGGUUUAGUAACUGAUAUCCAUAUUUUCACCUCUGUUCCCUAUUUCCAACCCACUUUCCCUUCUGCUCCCAUUUCGCGUGUCUCCAAACGUCCCAAACACACGCAGAGAAGCCCGGUGACUCUUAAUUUCAACGUCGGUAUUGUGGAAACUCUUUACGCAUCAUUUCUACGACGUUUGAAUCACUUGCUUUAAUCGCGUGUUUGGCCGACGGAAGUUCAAGACUCUUUAGUGGUUCCAGAGGGCGAAGGGAGCGGAGUGACAGCCAAGAGGUGUGGCCAUGGCUGUCAACGUGCUGGUGCCCCUCCUCAUCCCUCUCGGCGAGCAGCUCACCAACGUGACCAAGCUGGUGGGCAGCGACCCGGUGGAGUUCGAGCAGCCGGAGUACGAUGUGACGGUGCCUGAGAACACCCGCCAAGACCACCUGCUGCGGCUGUCCGCCAGGGUGCGGCUGGAAGGCGAGACGGUGCAGUACAAGAUUAGCCAAGGCAACGAGGACGGCUUCUUCCACCUGGACGCGUCUUCGGGCACCCUGUCUCUCCUGCGGCCCCUCGACUACGAGCGCCAGCAACAACACGAUUUGGUGGUGGAGGCGGCGGCGGGAGAGGCGCGGGGCCAGGCGCGGGUGGUGGUGAAGGUGGACGACCAGAACGACCACGCGCCGGUGUUCCUCAGGGCCCUGCACGAGACCCAGAUCACCGAGGAGGACAACAGACACCUGCCCAAGGUUAUCCUGAAGCAGGUGACGGCCGUAGACGGGGACGCGGGUCGGUUCGGGGACCUUUCCUACACCCUCUCCGGGGACGGCAUCUUCAGCAACGGGUCGCGGCCUUGCUUCUCCGUGGACGCCGCCUCGGGCACGCUCCUGCUCCUGAGGCCUCUGGACCGCGACCCUCCUCACGGCCGACCUCAGUGGCGCUUGAGGGUGACGGCCACGGACGGCCAGCUUGAGUCGCACACCGACGUCCGUGUUAACCUCAAGGACACCAACGACAACGCGCCCUUCUUCCCCUCCCGCACCACCACCGCCACCGUCUCCGAAGACAUUCCGCUUGGAUCGUUGGUGACGCGCGUCGAGGCCACGGACUACGACGACCCUCAGGAGGGAGACAACGCCAAGGUCACGUUCUCGCUGGAGAAGAACGCCAUCGACGAGGCGAGCGGCCGCCCGAUCUUCGCCAUCGACAGCGAGCUCGGCGUCAUCAGCACGGCGCUCUGCUGCCUCGACCGGGAGAAGACUCAGCGUUACGUCAUCCAGGUGGUGGCGACGGACGGCGGCGGCCUCAAGGGCACAGGCACAGUGAUAGUGGAUGUGAACGACGUGAACGACGUAUCUCCGAGGUUCUCGAGGUCUGAAUGGAUAGUGAACGUGCCUGAGAGCCUAGACACCGACCGUGUACUGGCCACCCUCACCAUCGUGGACCCUGAUACAACCAACCACUUCGCCUACAGGGUGGUGCCGGGCAGCGGGCGGGGCUGGCAGAUGUUCCGCGUGGAGGGCGUGGCGGGGGCGCUGCCCGGUGGGAAUCUGAGGUCGGUGGAGCCGCUGGACUAUGAGGAUCCCGAGCACCGGCAGGGCUUUACCUUGAGGGUGCAGGUGACGGACAUGGGUGAAAACGGCUGGGAGCAGGAAAAACACUUAGCAGAGACUUCAAUAUGGCUGAGCUUAGUGGAUGAGAACGACAACGACCCUGUAUUUAGCAAGGACCUCACGAACCUCUCCCUGCCCGAGGACACUCCACGGGGCGCCUUCCUCGCGACCUUUACUGCUCUCGACCCUGACAACGGUGGAAAGAGUCGCGUGCAGUACCGUGUGGCUCCGUCCAGCGACCCUGGACACCAGUUUGCCGUAGACGAGAGCGGGGCAGUGCAUCUGGUGGGGGGUCUGGACCGGGAGGCCGCGGACACCCACAGUGUGUUGGUGUGGGCGGUGGACGAUGGCACGCCGCCCAGGACCGCCACCGCCACCCUCGCCAUCAACGUGGCGGACGUGAACGACAACCCGCCGUUCCUGGCAAAGCCCCGUGAGGUGCAGGUGACUGAGAACAGCGAGGCGCAGCAGGUCGCACAGGUCAAGCUGGGCGACCCCGACGAUUGGCGGCAGGGCCACGGGCCGCCCUUCACCAUCGCCCUGGACCCCCGCGCGCCGCCCCACGUCAUCGACAGCGUCAGGGUCACGCUAGAUAAGAGAGGGGAUGAAGGGCGCGGCGUGGGCGUGGUAUGGACGCGGGCGGCACUGGAUCGAGAGGAGCGUACCGCCCUGCUGGUACCGCUGGUGGUGGGCGACGCCGGCUGGCCGCCCCUCACCGCCACCGUCACCCUCACCCUCCACGUGGCCGACCUCAACGACAACCCUAUGGCGCCCGCCAACAAGACCGUCACCGUACACACGCUGCAGCACCAGGGCGCGGCGGUGCCCCUGGGACGGGUGUACGUGCAGGACCCAGACGACUGGGACGUCGCAGCCAAGAACUACUCUUGGAGGAACCCUCAGGCAGGCUUUUUUCUCGACACCUCCAGUGGCCACCUGGCCAUGGCGCCCUCCACACCUGACGGCCAAUAUGAACUUGAGUUUUCUGUAACUGACAAAAGCCAAGGACAGUGGGAUGUGGCAGCCAACGUGAGUGUCCAAGUGACGUCUCUGCAACCCAACAACGUCCACUACUUGACACCUCUCACUGUGGAUGCCCAGAGCAAUACCCUCGUGAGGCAAGGGAAUGCGGGAGAGCUGUCGAUUCUAAGUCAGUUCCUACACGCAGUGCAGGCCUGGGCGGGCGGAGGAGGCAGUAAUGUACAGCUGCUAACAGUUGAGCCACUGGAGGAGGGUCCUGCCACACGGAUUUGGCUGUCCAGCACAGAAACCAGGAACUUUGACCAUGUGUUGCUGUAUCACAAAAAUGAGCUGAAUGCAGUGCUGGGCGUCAGUAUGCGAGACAUAGGCAUUGUCUCGUGCCGUGAAGGCGCCGCUCCCACACCAGACAUCGUGGCGGAGGAGAGGUGUGUGGACGGCUGCUGGGUGGGCCUCACUAGCAGUUUCACAAUAGUGGAUGCCAACUCCUCAGCAGUGGUGGGGCCGCGGGUGGUAGUGCGGAGCUCCUGUGGCUGUUCUGCCUUAGGCCCAGCCGCCACUGUCAUCCCCACACCUGCCCGGGCCCGCCACUGCACCCCCGAUACCUGCUUCAACGGCGGUAGAUGCCUCAGCACCUCCUCAGGCACUCGGUGCAUCUGUCCUCAUGGCACGUGGGGCUCCCGUUGCAAGGUGCUCGUUAGACACUUUGAUGGCAAUGGUGGUGGGCAGGGGGGCGGCGCCCGACCCACUGCAGAGGGAGCGUGGGCGUGGGUGCCGCCCAUCCCCCCAUGCAUUGAGGUGCACGUGAGCCUGGAGGUGCUGAGCAUAGCAGGGACAGCUGUGCUGCUCUACUCUGGGCCAGAUCAACAGGGCAUUGAACAGGAGCCAGGCAAUGACCUGCUGCUGCUGCUGCUGGAGCUGCAUCAAGGGCGGCCGGUGCUGCAGCUGGACCUGGGCGGCGGCCUCGUCACUCUCACCCUCAACUCCUCCUCCUCCUUGGCCGACAACACAUGGCACAGGAUAGACCUCCACUGGAAGGACAAGCUGGUGGAGAUGGUCGUGGACCUAUGUCUCGGUGCUCGCCAGGACGAGGGGCUGCCCAUACCUCUGGUUGCCCAGAACAUCUCGGCCACACCUGUCUUUCCUGAAACAAGCACCUGCAGAUCCAUCACAAGGCUGUCAAGGGGCGCCCGCGUCCUCAAGACCGGCAGGAUACUGCAGGUGGGCGGAGUGGUGCAUCCGCUACGCUCCCACACACAGGGCAAAGCCACGAAGCAGCAACAUCUGCCACAUUUUCAUGGCUGUAUUAGGAACCUCAGAGUCAAUGGCGAGCUGGUGGACCUGGGCACUGGUGUCCUCAGCAGGGCCAGCUCACCGGGGUGUCCUGCCGCAGACUGCUUCAAACAACGCCUCCACUGUGGUGUCCACGGCAGAUGUCAGGGGUCGCCGGAGUCGCUAUGGUGCGAGUGCCAGCCAGGCUGGGGCGGGCCAGGUUGUGCCUCACCCACAACACCCGCCACCUUUCUCCCCAACAGCUACGUCAAGCUGGCCCUCUCCUUCUCGCCGCUGGCCUAUACCACCUCCAUCAGCCUUAGAUUCCGCACCCUAAGGAGAAGAGGAGAGUUAGUAGUGUUGUCAUCUAAGCACGGGCGGGACAGCUGGUCUGUACAGCUGGUGGGCGGCCGUCUGUGUGUUGUGCUGCAUCUCCACCCUCAACCCCCAACCUCAUUGUGCUUGUCACGAGUUGCCCUCACCGACGGACGCUGGCACACCCUCACCACCACCAGGUACGGCUCAGCGACCAUCCUGACAGCGGACGAUGGGGACGGCGACCUGUACAACGCCUCGCUGCUGCUGCUGGAGGGGCGGCAGCUGCUGGAGGUGGAUAAGCAGGAGGGCAUCCGGGUGGGUGGGGCUCCACACUUCCAGAACACGGGAGUCCUCAAGAUCCACAGCGAUUAUUUUGACGGUUGCAUGGACGACCUGCGCAUUGCGGACCAUAGCAUGCCACUGCCGCCAGCGAUCAACAGCACACCCUGGGGUCAGGUAAGCGUAUUCAGAGGUGUGGAACAAGAAUGUGGCGCCCCACCCACCUGCAUCAAUGUGUCCUGCAGACCACCGCUCUCCUGCAUUGACACCUGGAGGUCAUACCACUGCGGGUGUGGCGAGGGCCGCGUGCUGGGCCAGAGCCGAGCGGCGUGUGUGGAUGAGGACGAGUGUGCAUGGCAGCCAUGCCUCAGUGGCGGCUCCUGCUUCAACACCCAGCCAGAAGUGGUUCACACACACACAGGGUACGUGUGCUUGUGUCCAGCGGGGUUCAGCGGCCAGCACUGUCAGCUGCCUGAAGUGGGUCACAUCUCCUUCAAGCUGCCCAUGGGGGUCCUCAUCACCAUUGUCGUGUGGUGCAUCCUUCUUGUGUUACUGGUGUGUGCAUUCCUGCUCCAUCAACAACAUCGCCGUGCUGCACUACGCAGAAGCAUGGUGGCAGAUCCUAAGGACAGUGCCAUGCAUUGCAGGGGUCAAGUGUCACCACCAUGCAGCCACACACCCAACUUACUGGAGCUGCAGUUGCUGAAGCCACUCAGAGCCAGCAGCCAGCCUGCUUGGGCCAGAAACCCCAGUAUUGCAGAUGUGGAUGUGCUGCGCGUAGAUGCAGUAAUGCCAGUGAGAGAAGGGCAAGACCUUGAUGAAGAUAUCUGCCAAGCCUCUUCACCACACCUGCUGAGGAGUAGCCAGGCAGUUGCAGGCAUGAGGGCCACAAGGGGGAUAACAGACACCACCUCACUCGCAGAAAACCAGCUGAGAAUUCAUGCCUGUGAAGAUGAAAGCUCUACUGUGGGGCUUUACUCUUCCUGGAUAACACUAUGAUUCAGUGCAUUCAUGAGCUGCCAAACAAAGUAUCAUGUCACUGCCAUCCAAAGCACCUACUGGACAUAAGGGUGACUGAUCCAUCUCAUGGCCCCUCAUCAUACCCACCAAGACUCAAGGAACUCCUGGCCAUGAAGCAUCCAUGGUCAUCACCCUCCCUGAACUGCAAGUGACGUACCCAAGUCCAAACAGAGGUCGGAUCAGUGCUUUCUUGAUGUGGGCUAAGAAUGCAGUUUGCCUGUACGAAGGCCACUACCUGUUCUCUUUAUGAGAUCUUCAUGUGCAGCCUACAGAAGAACACCAAGACUAUGAAGCUGACUAUCAAACUUUUUACGAAGAGAAGUGCUGCUGGAAGGACAGGAAAAAGAUGCAAUCAAGUUAGUUGCUCACUCACCUGCCACCUCAUAAGGCUGUGUUAAUUAUAUACAGAAGUCAAUAAAGAAGUGUUUGUUC